UCAGACACAAUCAACUGAGGGGUAUUUGUAUGCGUGUGUGGAUGAAUGUGUCUGUAAAGGCACAGCUCUUUGACAGCAGUAUCAACCCAGUGUAACACAGUGGUGUGUCUUACCCUCCCACAAGACUUGACUUAAAACCUCACAAGCCGGCUGAUCAUAUGAUGUUGCUUUAAAGAGCCUGGAAGGGCAUCCUCUCCAGUGUGACUUGCUGUAAAAGCUUCCCAUGCAUUGUUAGCAGCUUCUCAUGGCGAUCUGCAUUUAAGAUAUGUGAAUGGCGCCGCUGGAAGUUGGAACAUGACUUGGGAUUUCAGAUUUAUGCAGCCUUACAAAAUGAACAUCCAAAUGAACUUCAUAUAGCAGAGGAAGACAUUUUGUAAUAAGGCAACAUUUGCAGCUACAGCGUCUUUUACCAAAAUCCACAAAAACCUCAAAAAGAAAAAAAAGAAAAAAAAAACGGAACUAACUGAGAGAGACGCUAAUGGAGGAGGAAAGCUUGUGCUCCUCUCUGCCAGAUCAUACAGAUUCAGUCCUGCAGGAACCCCAACAAGACUCAUGGACCUCUACAGAGCACCAGUACAUCAAUGGAGAACAGGAGGCCAUUGUUUGGGGCAUGACAGAGGUGCAGAUAAACCAGGCACAUGGGACAGAUCAACUCAAUCUCACCCCGAAGGCAGCACAAGAGACUCCUGAGGAGGCAGAACAGUGGGAGCAAAUAAUAUGGCCAGUACGCUCCAUGAGCUGUACCAGUCCUCGGCUUUCUUUUGCCACAGUACAGUGGGACAUACCCGGUCCCUUUACAGAGACGCCUUCACUCAUGACUGACGGGAGCUUGGCGAAUGAGCUGAAUUAUGGUGGCAUGACGAGUCUAGAUACCACUUCCCUGUCACUUCACCAAUCUGACGAUGAUAAUGAGCCUGAGCCUCUCAUGCAGGGGGAGAGAGAGGAACUCGAUGGGUUUGAUUCACAGCUUCCGAACUCUAAUGUAGAAUGGACAGGAAACAGCUCUGAGCCAUGUGAUGCUGCCGAUGUACAAGAGCUGGUGACACAGGAAAAGGAUUCAACGCACGAGUUGUUAGACAAUGAAAUCCCACUGAGCGCAGACGCAGGAGAAGAGGAGGGAGACUCAUCAACGUCAGAUCCUGUUGAAACUGUGGACGUAAUUGAUACUCUUGAGACGAUUGAAGGAACAGAGGAUGAGGCGGAAAGUAUUGUAGAUUUAAAACUAGAAGAGGAACAGGAGGAGCCCAGCAUUCUGCUGACUGGACAAGGAGACUCAGAGGAACAGCAAACUUCAGCAAAUGGUGUAGAGAUUGAAGAAGAGAAUGAGGAGGGAGGUGAAAAAGAAGAAGAGGAGCAGAUUGUGACAAACGUGACCUGUACUGGUGAUGGUGAAGAGGCAAAAACUGUCAGUUGUCUGAGUUAUGUGGAGGUUUCUGCAGAGCCACUACAAUCUGAUGAUACUGGACUAACCCAAAGCCCAGAUAAGCUAAGUGAUCUGCAACAGUCAGAGGUUUUAGAGGAAAGUGGCCACUCAGGAACUGAAGAGGAUAUAGAGAUACUGGAACAGUUACAUGAAGAACCCACUGGUCAAAUUGAAGAGCCAGAAAUGUGUAAAGAUGUAGAUUAUAACGUGGACCCUGAACAGUCAGAGGCUGCGGACAACAAAGAAGAAGCAUCAAUAGAGGAGGCAGAAAAUGCAGAGAAAAUAGAAAACUCACAAGACAUACUAGAGCUGACUGAAAAACUGGAGGAGAUAAGUUGUUUAGAGCAACAGGAUUGUGACCAGACAACUUCACCGGAGAGAGAGGCGUCACCGCAACCUGAACACCCUGAGUCCGAGCAGCUGGAAAUGACAGAAGAGCCCGAGCAGAUCCAAACAGAGGUGUCACAUCAGAUAGAGGAGCAACACUCUGAAAUCUCUGAGCAGUUAGUACAAUCACAACCUCUGGAACAGUCAGCACAGAUGGAGCUGACAGAACAGCCCGCCCAACCUGAAACUGCAGAGCAGACAGAGGAGUCUACUCAGUCAGAGCAGACGGUCUGUGCUGAAGCUGAAGACACCGAAGUUGCAGAGCAGCCAGAACAGACUGAGCCGACAGAGCAGAAUGAGCAGUCCCUGCCAACCCUCUCCGAGCAGCUUCUGCAACCAGAGAAUUCAGAUGAGUCAGAAACAACAGAGCAGCUGUCUCCUGAGACUGAAGUCACACAGCAGACAGCAGAGGCUGAUUUAAAUCAGGUGGGCACACAGGCCGAGACGCUACAUCAGGCUGAAGAAGUAGGAGGUUCGGAGGAUGGUGAUGUACAAACAGUGGUGGCAAAUGGAGAACAACCCAAGCCCCCUGAGACAGCCGUGCCUCAUAUGAAUCAUAUGAAUGGAGGUGAGGUGGAGAGAGAGAUGGCCUGUCGCCUCGCUGAAAGGCUGUAUAAGUUGGACGGGAUCCAACGUGUAGAUGUGGUGAAGCACUUGGAUAAAGAUAAUGACUUCAGCCAGGCUGUUGGAGAGGAAUACCUCAAAUUUUUUGACUUCACUGGGCAAACUCUGGAUCACGCCCUGAGAUCGUUUCUGAAAGUUGUGGUGCUGAUAGGAGAGAGCCAGGAGAGGGAACGUGUGCUGCAGCAUUUCGCCUGCCGCUUCCAUCAGUGCAACCCCAACUCCUUCUCCUCCUCAGGGUCUGUGUUGGCUUUGACGUGUGCUUUGAUGCUUCUCAACACUGACUUGCACGGACAGCAUGUAGGAAAAUCCAUGUCCUCCGCUAAGUUUGUGUCCAACCUGGAUGGGAUGAAUGAAGAUGAAAACUUCAACAAGGAUCUCCUGAAAAGUCUUUACAAUUCUAUUAAGAGUGAACCGCUGGAGUGGGCUGUUGAUGAGGAGGAGUUGAAAAGCUCUGUGUUGCUGGAUGAAGACACAGGAGACAGUGCACCGCUGCGCUCAAAAGCCAACCCCUUCCAGGAUGUUCCUCAUGACAGAAAGGCCUCAGUGGUCAAAGAGGGAUUCCUCCAGAGAAAGCUCCAUGCCGACAUUGACGGCAAACGCACUCCGUGGGGGAAAAGAGGCUGGAAGACUUUCUUUGGAGUGCUGAGGGGAAUGGUCCUUUUCUUACAGAAGGAUGAUUACAGGAGGGACCACCAGACUAUCGAGGAGGUGGUGAGUGUGCACCACUCUCUGGCCGAGCAGGCAGCUGAUUACACCAAGAAGCCAAACGUCUUCCGUUUGCAGACGGCUGAUUGGAGGGUUUUCCUCUUUCAGGCCUCUUCCAAAGUGGAGAUGAACUCGUGGAUCAGCCGCAUCAACCUGGUUUCGGCUCUUCACUCCUCACCGCCGUUCCCCGCUGCUGUCGGCUCCCAGAGGAAGUUCUCCAGGCCGAUCCUCCCCGCCUCGCAGUCUGCUCACACUCUGGAACGUCAGCAGCAGUCUCAUGCAGGAAUGCUGGAGUCCUUUAAGGCAGACCUGUCUUACCUGCAGCAAAACCUGCCAGAGGGCAGAAAAGCCAGAGCCAAGGAGCUGGAGGAGCAUCGCGUCAGAGCAGAGUACCUGCAGCACGAGAUGUGUCGCUAUGAGAUUUACAUCCAGGUGCUGGAGAGCUGGAAGAGCGUGGAGAAGACAGGCAAUGAUGUGUUGAGCACAGCAGACCUGAACCUGUUUGAUAAAGCCGUGUGUUCAGAAGCUGUAGGGGAGGAAGAGGAGGAGGAAGGUGGGCUGAAAAAGUCCCACUCCAGCCCUUCUCUGGAGCUGGAGCUGGCUCCUCCGACGGUGAUCAAAGUCAGACGUAAUAUCUCUGAAAGAAGGACUUAUCGCAGGACUAUAAUCCCUCGAUGGAAUAAAGAGGUCUGAAAGGUGUCUUACUCAGAGAUAAUACGACUGAGUCAUGGCUCUUUGAAAAUGAAAAUGCAGAUUUGUUUUUCUUCUGCAAGCUGACGGGACCACAGAUUUCUAGUUUGUGGAAGCACUGAGCACAGAAGCAGGGAAACUGCUGUCUCAGCAAGUUGUUUUGUUUUGGAGUUUUUCUGCAUUUUUAUAUUGUGCAAUUUAAAAAAAAAAAAAAAAAAAAAAUUUAACCUCAGGGAAUCCUUAACGCUCAGACUCUCUCUUGAUAGAGGGGAGAACCUGAUUCUUUUGUUGAGUGACUCAAAGUGUCUGGCCCUAAUUUUUUUGUUUUUAAAAAAAUAUAUACUAUACUCAAAAUAGUACAAAAUUGGUCUCAUUGGCAGUGAUGUGCUCCGGGCAAAAAUUGUGCCUUGUAAAAUGCAAACCACAAGAGGGUGCUGUAGUACAGGACAUGUCUGAGUGAUGGUAGGGGGAUAAAAUGUCCUGUCAGUUAGUUACAAACUUGUUUUAAGGAAUCCUAUUUGCACUUUUUUUGUUUUUAAUAUUGUGCGUAAAUUGUUGAUUUGUUGACAGUGAUGCCACUGUUACAUAUUUGUUACUUGUUGAUAUGAAGGUUUUAGUUCCAAACUGCUGUGUAGUUUUUUCUCUUUUGGGGAAAAAUAAAAUGUUACUUGUGAUAGUCAUUCAUUGUUGGUGAGUCUGGUGAUGGAAGACUUCUGUCUUAAGUGUCUGUAAUUCAGUUGUUGUCUUUAAAUGUAUAACAAAUACCAGUCAUUCAACCAUUUACUCCACAGUUACAGGCUUCGUGAGCUGUAAUGUCAGAUACAGCGUAUUUUGUUCAAUUGUGUGAUUUUUGAACUUUCCAAGAUCAAAACUCUUUUGUAACAUUUUUCUCAAAAAUUUAAGAUCUGCUUUACUGUUCAUUGGAACACAAUGAAAUGUUUACUGUGAAUGUGUGUGUUUGUUUCCACCCCUGGUUCAAAUUACAUAACUGUCUGUUA